AUGGCGAAGCUCGAACCGGCGACCGACAUCGAUCCCAAUGUCUGGUAUCAUAUGACAGAGGAGAAUGUGGACGAUUACGAUGGAGACUUCAAGGCGAUGCUACAGACGUGGGAGGAUGGGGAUUUCAAGGUGUUUCCCGUGGCCAAAAGGAAGACGUACUGGCAAUUUCAACCGAUAGGCAAGGUACCGGGUCGAUACGCUCUCCGAUGUUCCGAAACCACGACACGAAAGCAGUUCGCCGUCUGCUACCGCCCAAGCGAGUCAGUCGAGAACAGACGCACGCGUGCUUGUCUACGAAACAGCGACGGAAGCGAUGGACAACAAUGGGACGUGGCACUAUGGGGAAAGAAUGACACGUACCGCUUCAUCAAUGUACACAACGGCAGCAAAUAUCACCUCGAUGUCAUCCCAAACGGCCCGGUGUACAUGAGCCCAAACCUUGAUGGGUACCAAAGGAGGCAGCGGUGGCUCAUGACGAGCGUGAGCAACGUGGACGACGCGGCGUAUAGUACCGUUUUUUCGAACGCUCCUGAGUCAACUGCCGAUUCAGCAACGACAACAGGCGACUCCGGCAACCAAACGGGCCAACCCGAUACAGAUUCUGGCGGCUCUGACAACAGUAGCCUUUCGGGCGGUGCCAUCGCGGGUAUUGUCAUUGGAGCAGUGCUUGGUGUUCUUGCGAUUGCGCUUGUGGCAUUCUUCCUCUGGAGACGGAGAAAACGGCAGACCGAGGGAGCUCCCGCAUCCACCCAAGCUCCACCGUACCCUCAGUCGCCCGAUGGUUAUAAGCCAGAAACAUCCUCACAGACGCCGGUCUACGAGCUACCGAAUAACCAAAACCCGGCCGAGCUGCCCGCAAAUCAUUGA